GCUGAGCGCUGAUUGGCCGUCGUAGCACUGCCUCCCGAGUUCAUUUAUGUUCUGGGAGUGAGUGAUUGACUUUAUCAGUCCAAGGACAUCAUCCGCCUGGAAAGGGGGGGAAGUUUGAUCCUCUUUCUCACGGAUCGCAGUCAACGGGAGUUUUUUCCUCCCAACUCUUUACGCACAGGAUUUUUCCCGUUUUGGCUUGGCUUUUUUAUUUUAGGAUUUUUUUCGCAGAGCGUGGUAAAUCUCGGCGUGGUGUCUGCAGCUCGCGCGCCCCGAGAAACUGGAUUUUAAUUUUGUUUUUUGUUUUCUUCCCGUCUCCUAAGUUUGCAUCGAGCUCAUGACUAUGCUUCUUGAUAGCGGUCCGCAGUUUGCAUCGUUAGGAAUGGGGGGUUUUGGGACACCGCGGCAUCACGAAAUCGGGAACAGAGACCCGGGUCUGGGACUGAAUCCCUUCGCCGAAUCUUCCCACUCCGCCGCUUUCAAAAUCAGCCCCGUGGCUCACGACAUCGCCUCCGGCCAGACAUCAGCUUUCACCCCGCAAGCCACUGGAUAUGCAGCCGCCCUGGGACACUCUCACGGCGGGCAGGUGGGCUCGUACGGCGGGGGAGCGUUCAAUUCAACACGGGACUUUCUCCUGCGGAACCGGGGGGUUGGAGAGUCCACGGCGCCGAGUGCCCAGCAUGGGAUCUUUGCGGCUUCGGCGGGGAGCCUCCACGGGCCGCCGGGGAUCACCGAUAACCCCGGACAUCUGUUGUUUCCAGGACUCCACGACCAGGGGGUGAGCCACACUUCACCGAGUGGACACGUUGUUAACAGCCAAAUGCAUCUUGGCUUACGCGGGGACAUUUUCGGAAGACCUGAUCCGUAUCGUCCGGUCGCAAGUCCUCGGACGGACCCCUACGGGGCUCAGCUCCACAACUACAACCACCCUAUCAACAUGAACAUGGGGAUGAAUGUGCCGACGCACCACGGUCCCGGGGCCUUCUUUAGAUACAUGAGGCAGCCGAUAAAACAAGAAUUAUCCUGCAAAUGGAUAGACGAGAACCAGAUGAACAGACCCAAAAAGACUUGCGACAGGACUUUCAGUACCAUGCACGAGAUGGUCACUCAUGUGUCCAUGGAGCACGUCGGCGGUCCCGAGCAGAGCAACCACGUCUGCUUCUGGGAGGACUGCCCGAGAGAAGGGAAAUCUUUUAAGGCCAAGUACAAACUCGUCAACCACAUCCGCGUGCACACGGGCGAGAAACCGUUCCCGUGCCCGUUCCCCGGAUGUGGGAAAAUAUUCGCCAGGUCGGAAAAUUUGAAAAUCCACAAAAGAACACAUACAGGUGAGAAGCCGUUUAAGUGUGAAUUUGAUGGCUGUGACAGACGCUUCGCCAACAGCAGCGACAGGAAAAAGCACAUGCAUGUGCACACAUCAGACAAGCCAUACAUCUGCAAAGUGUGCGACAAGUCCUACACACACCCCAGCUCUCUCAGGAAACACAUGAAGGUACACGAGUCUCAAGGAUCCGAGUCCUCUCCAGCAGCAAGCUCCGGGUACGAGUCGUCCACGCCGCCAGUGUUGGUCUCAGCCAGCAACGAAGACCCGACAAAAACACCGCCGUCAGCCGUGCAAAACACGUCCGGCCACAGCGAAGGACUGGCACCCAACUUUAAUGAAUGGUACGUUUGAAGUCAGAAGAGCGAACCCUCUCGCGCUCUCCCCCAAUGUGGACCACGAGGUCGAGGAUAAAUGAGGAUAAAACCUUAAAAAACUAUUCGACUUCAUUUCACCACACGCCCAUGCACACACACACACACACACGCGCCCGCGCACACACAAAUGGAAUUGGGACGACGACAACAACAACAAGAGGAGGAGAUGAGAGCAAAAGCCAGCACCAAGCAGGCCACGUCGGUCUCAGGAUCACGAAAUUAGACUUUUAUUCCGCAGUUAUGAGGAAAACAAAUAAAUCCCGAUUAAAGAAACAUAAUACUUUGAGUAUAAAUACAUGUUUUUUUUAUUUUAGUUUACAGAUUUCAGAAUUGUUUUAUUUUUCAUUUUAUGUAUUUUCUCAAAAUUUUAUUUAAAAAAAGAAUAAAAAGGAAGAUUAUUUCACGCUGUUUUAUAUGACGGUGACGCGCUAUUGUCGCCUCUUCAAUUGAUUGUUGGAACUUCAAACAGUCUUAAGAAACGUGCCAAAGUCUUUGUCAUGAACUUGAACAGUAAAAAAAAAACAUAAAUAAAUAUUUUACUCGUGAAUGUAUUUUCUUGUUUGAUGGGGUCGAAUCUGUUGUCAGCGUCCGUUUUCAGGUGGAGAAAUGUGGUAUUAGGUUACGAUUGUUACCGUUGAAUAUAACGUUGCCUUUUGUUAAUACCGUUGUAAAUACAUAUCCAUGAUGCCAUAUUUAUCAAUUUGUAAUUUAAUUAUGGGUAUAAGUUCUGAAACUUAAAUGAUAUUUAUGGAAAUGUUUUCUAACAAGAACUGUACAGUUUUGGUCAUAACCAGCUUAACAGUGAACAAAUGAUAAACUCUAAAGCUCCAACAUCGCGAUUGUAUCCUUUUGUUUUCUUUUUAACCAAUAGGCCUACAUGUGUCUUAUUUGGAUCGAAUAAAUCGUCUAUAUGAAUAUUAUGGAUUUGUCUAUAUAUAAUGCAGAUAUUUCCGCCACUUUUAUUUUGUUUAUGAGACCAUUGACAUGUAAAUCACUGACUUUGUAGGACUGAGUUCAGUUGAGCUGAAAAGCUAUAAAACGAUUCUGUUGAUAUCUUUAUUUUUGGUUAAAUUCAAACUUUGUGUAUUUUACUUUGAUAGAAUCAGAAAUAGAUAUCAAUUCUUAGCAUAAACUCAGUACUGAAGGAAAAAACACAACACCCAUCAGUCUAUUGCACUCCUAUACAGGUUUUAGACGAGUGUGCAAAGCUCAUUAUUUCCAAAUCAAGGUGACAGUAUUUUGAGUAUUUCAAAUUCGGGUCAAGCACCCAACUACAUGCGCCAGUAUGGCAAUCUUUAUAAUUCCAGCAUUGUCUUUGUGCAAGUAUGUUUAAAUGUGUGCAUCGGCAACAAUGGAACUGUCACAACACAGUAUCUUCAAAAAUAAAAAAAAGUUUUUUGUCUGUCAGCUUGCAUUGUUUUAAAUGUAAUUCUUCUGUGAAACUAAGCGUGUUAUUUGUUGUGGUGUUGCAUAUAGAGCAGUUUGAUUACACAUUUGCUUGUUUUGUGUGAAUAACUUGUCAAGAUGACAUUUUUUUUAUGUUUAACGAAAUUUAGUGGAAGGAAUUCUAGAUCUAUGUGGGUUGGGGGGAAAAUACGCUCAAUGGCAAAAAGAGUUACAGCAUUGCAUUGUAACCUAUUCUCAAGAAUUAAAUAUUAUGCAUACACAAAGUAUAUUGUGCUCAUACGAGAACAAUUCCAGACCACCAGCACUACUUUUAAAAUAAAAUGUAAAAAACGGUACCUCGUGACAGUGAUAUAUGAAAUACGUUUAUUUAAAUAAUUUAAGGAAUAUAUGUUUUAUAUGCUAUUUUCUAUACCUUAAUUUAAAAGAAGUACUUUUUCUUAUUCCCAGUACCUUUCUGCCCCAUGUCCAGAGGUCAGAGCAAAAUAUCUGAUGUAUAAACACAGCUAGAAUGUGAUGUUGUAACACUUUCUGGGAGAAAUGGGUCACACUACAAGUUAUUCCUGAAGAGCAAAAUGUUAUACUGAUGAACUGUGUCACUGUGCCACAUUGAGGCAAACCAUGUUACAGCAGCAGGCCUAUGCGCUAGCCUAUCUAGCUCCCAGAGGCAGAGAUUCCUUGUACCUUUUAGGCUACUGUAUGUUGGUUGAUUUGUUUUACCAACUAUUUAUGAAGAAAUGUGAACGGAAAUUUUGAUUGAAAUUAAAAAAAAACAUUGAAAAGUGA